AUGGACAUUCUCUUGAAGAAGAAGGACCGCCUCGAACACCAGCUAAGGCAACUAAAGCAAAAAGAAAGAGACAGAGCUGAGUACAGGACCCACCUGGUUGCCCAGGCUGGUGAACAAAAGGUGGCAAUGGAGAAGCUGCAGAGAGAAGUGAGUGCGGUGGAGCAGGUUCUUCUUGAAAAGAAAGAAAAGUUUCUGGUUCUGAAGGACGAGGUUUUCAAGUACAAGAAGGGCGCCCUGCAUGGGAUCAGAGACGAGCUUAGAUCCUUGUAUAAAAGCAUAUUUGAAGAGGCAUCCAAGGCGCACUUUUCAGCAUCGUUCUCGGCUUUUGAGGAGUUUACAAGGGUCAGGGACCUAAUUGGAAGGAAUGUGUUUAGAGGUCUCGGACGACGGCUCGAGAGGCUCUACAGCGAGGAAAAGGAGAAGCUGAAGAAGCAUAUUCUGUCGCAAAUCGCAAAGAAGAUGCAGGAGAAGCGAAAGAUGCAUGAGCUUGUGUUCAACAUGAAGUUUCUUCGCAGGUAUGAGGAUUACUUUUCCGAGGAUGUGAUGACGGGGUUUCUUUACGAAAGGACGGCAAAGGGCUUUGAGUACCACUUCAUGAGCGACAGGGACUCCAACCGGCUGGACAAGCCUGAAUGGUUUCUUGACUUCAUUCUUGGGAAACUCCAGGAGAACAGGGAGAUCUUUGAUAUAUGGGAGGAUGUGGGCGGAGUGGAGCUCAAAGGCAAUGGAUCCAGCACUAGAUUUCUGAGUCUGGUUACCAUGACAUGUGGACUGGUUGAGACGAAGAUAGACGAGGUUUCUGCAAGUAGGAGCAAGCAGAAGAGGAAUCUGACGCUUCAUCUCGGGGUUCAGGUUAUGAAGUUCAGACACAAGGUCUUCCAGAGCUAUGGAGCAGUUCUCGAGUUUCCCAAGCUAGGAAAGAUGCUGUACAAGGAACAGAGGAAGUAUGUCCGGGAGAAGCUGUCGAAGAUACAUGAGAUGAGACAUGUGAGGUGGUUUGAUGGAUACAAGGAGCUCUCCCGGGAAUGCCUCCUCUACAUCUAUAGGUUCAGGGAGCUGGACUCUGCAUUUGGGAUGGACGAUGUGAUUCAGAUUAUUGUAGAUUACAACAGGGUGUUUCUAGAGAGCCUUAGAUACAUAAAUAGACAGGAAAUAAGGGUUCUUUGCUGGGUGUACAGCGAAUUCGAGAGAUUCAAGGGGUUUCUGUUGGAUCAAGAGAGCGAGGUGGUCUUCGACAGCAGGCUAAGCAUGGAGAGUAGGAGUGUGAACGUAAGGAAAGACAGGGCCGAAGCGGUCGAGGACAUGCUUCACGAGGCAGUUACAGGAUCCAUCGAAAGGAUUUCUGAGUUCAACAGUGAAAAUCUAAAGCUGAUUAUGUCGCUAGCAAUGAACGACACAGAAGAGGGGCUGAAGCCGGUCAAAAGGUUCUCCCACGAUCCGAACAGAGUCUUCCGAAAUCUGGUGGUGGGCGUGGGGAGGUAUCUCGACGACUACAGGGAGUGUCUAUCCUACAGAGCCAUCUCUCACAGUGUGAAGGAGAGAAUAGACGGGUUUGUGCUUGAGGAGGUUGUGCUGAAGCAUAGGCUUGAAAGCUCCGAAUACUUUGAGCUGGUUGAGACGAUGAAGAGGCUGAAGGAGAUGUUUGGGGAGGAGGAGUGGAAGAGUGAAGUGGGGCUGAAGUGCGUUGGAGAUAUAUUUGAGGGCCGAGAUGCUGGAGAAGGCCCUCUGUCGAAGAUGAUCAAGAGUCUGUACGUGUGA